GGCGGGCGGCGGCUGGUGGGGCCGCGGUCGCUGGGACCCGGGCGCGGGAGCCGGGCCUAGGUCGGCGCCCUGGCAGCUGUAACUGUGACAAGGAGAAGUAGGGCCUCCUGGGGACCAUGCCACCACCAUCUGACAUUGUCAAAGUGGCCAUUGAGUGGCCAGGUGCUAACGCCCAGCUCCUUGAAAUCGACCAGAAACGGCCCCUGGCAUCCAUCAUCAAGGAAGUCUGCGAUGGGUGGUCACUACCAAACCCAGAGUACUACACACUCCGAUAUGCUGACGGCCCCCAGCUCUAUAUCACCGAACAGACACGAAAUGAUAUUAAGAAUGGGACAAUCUUACAACUGGCCGUCUCCCCGUCCCGGGCCGCACGCCAGCUGAUGGAGAGGACCCAGUCAUCCAACAUGGAGGCCCGGCUGGAUGCCAUGAAGGAGCUGGCCAAGCUCUCCGCCGACGUGACGUUCGCCACCGAGUUCAUUAAUAUGGACGGUAUCGCUGUGCUGACGAGGCUCGUGGAGAGCGGGACGAAGCUCUUGUCCCACUACAGUGAGAUGCUGGCAUUCACCCUGACUGCCUUCUUAGAGCUCAUGGACCAUGGCAUUGUCUCCUGGGACAUGGUUUCAAUCACCUUUAUUAAGCAGAUUGCAGGGUAUGUGAGCCAGCCCAUGGUGGAUGUGUCCAUCCUUCAGCGGUCCCUGGCCAUCCUGGAGAGCAUGGUCUUGAACAGCCAGAGCCUAUACCAGAAGAUAGCAGAGGAGAUCACCGUGGGACAGCUCAUCUCCCACCUGCAGGUCUCCAACCAGGAGAUCCAGACCUAUGCCAUCGCACUGAUUAAUGCACUGUUCCUGAAGGCACCUGAGGAUAAGCGACAGGACAUGGCCAAUGCCUUUGCACAGAAGCACCUCCGCUCCAUAAUCCUGAAUCAUGUGAUCCGAGGGAACCGCCCCAUCAAAACAGAGAUGGCCCACCAGCUGUACGUGCUUCAAGUGUUGACCUUUAACCUUCUGGAAGAAAGGAUGAUGACCAAGAUGGACCCCAAUGACCAGGCUCAAAGAGACAUUAUAUUUGAACUGAGGAGGAUCGCAUUCGAUGCAGAGUCUGACCCGAGCAGUGUCCCUGGAAGUGGGACCGAGAAACGCAAAGCCAUGUACACCAAGGACUACAAGAUGCUGGGAUUUACUAACCAUGUGAACCCUGCCUUGGAUUUCACCCAGACGCCUCCGGGAAUGCUCGCCUUGGACAACAUGCUGUACUUGGCCAAAGUCCACCAGGACACCUACAUCCGUAUCGUGCUGGAGAACAGCAGCCGAGAAGACAAACACGAAUGCCCAUUUGGCCGCAGUGCCAUUGAGCUCACCAAAAUGCUCUGUGAGAUCCUGCAGGUCGGAGAACUACCCAACGAAGGGCGCAACGACUACCACCCCAUGUUCUUUACCCACGACCGGGCAUUUGAGGAGCUCUUUGGGAUCUGCAUCCAGCUGCUGAACAAGACCUGGAAGGAGAUGAGGGCCACCGCAGAGGACUUCAACAAGGUGAUGCAGGUCGUCCGCGAGCAGAUCACUCGAGCUUUGCCCUCCAAACCCAACUCUCUGGAUCAGUUCAAGAGCAAACUUCGUAGCCUGAGCUACUCAGAGAUCCUGCGGCUGCGCCAGUCAGAAAGGAUGAGCCAGGAUGACUUCCAGUCCCCGCCCAUUGUGGAACUGCGGGAGAAGAUCCAGCCAGAGAUCCUGGAGCUCAUCAAGCAGCAGCGCCUGAACCGGCUGUGUGAGGGCAGCAGCUUCCGGAAGAUCGGCAACCGUCGGAGGCAAGAACGGUUCUGGUACUGCCGCUUGGCCCUGAACCACAAGGUCCUCCACUAUGGUGACCUGGACGACAACCCGCAAGGGGAGGUGACAUUCGAAUCCCUGCAGGAGAAAAUUCCUGUUGCAGACAUUAAAGCCAUUGUCACUGGGAAGGACUGUCCCCACAUGAAAGAAAAAAGCGCUCUGAAACAGAACAAGGAGGUGUUAGAACUGGCUUUCUCCAUCCUGUAUGAUCCUGAUGAGACCUUGAACUUCAUUGCACCUAAUAAGUACGAGUACUGCAUCUGGAUUGAUGGCCUCAGCGCCCUACUGGGAAAGGACAUGUCCAGCGAGCUGACCAAGAGUGACCUGGACAUGCUGCUGAGCAUGGAGAUGAAGCUGCGGCUGCUGGACCUGGAGAACAUCCAGAUCCCCGAGGCACCACCACCCGUCCCCAAGGAGCCCAGCAGCUAUGACUUUGUCUACCACUACAGCUGAGCCAGGAACCAGAGACCGCAGGACCAGGAAGGAACUGGGGCCCAGGAGACACACUCGCAGUCUGGUGCCUUGUCUUUCACCUGUACAAAAUCUGUAGUGAUCACGGUGGCCAGUGAAUGCCAGCCUCUCCUCAGACCCACCUUGGGCCGCACAGAGCUGCUCCUGGUCCAGGGAGUCACGAAGGCAGGACACACUGCCCUCAGCACUGCAGAGCCUGGGGUGGGACCGUGAGGAGCAGGCCUCUGCCUUCAGUCCCAACUGGCCUUCACAGCAGCCACUCUUUUCUUCCUGUGCUUGCUCUCUGGUUGGCUGGGCCCCACAGGAGCCAGAGCUGGCCCAGGAAAGGCUGCCUGCGGAGCACAGGUGGGCUGGCUGUGGUGAGAGCCUUGAGUGACUAGCUUUGAGUGGCCCGCGCCUGAGACUGAGAUCUGAGGACAGGCCUUGGGCCUUGGCUUUUGUCUUCAUGAGGGCUCACUCCAGCCUCCUCUGGUGCCAAGAUGCUGCUGCUUCUGAGCUUUGGCUCUAACAUCUCUGGUUUCUAGAGCUAUCUGAUCUCUCUUGCCCUUGCAGGUAUCAGGGCAGAUGGAAAUUUCUCCUACAAGCUCAGUUCCUCAUCCUGGCCAGGCAGAGACCUCUGGGCCAAGUCCUGCCCUCGGUCUCCAGGAAUGCAUCAGGGAAAGCCUGGCUGAAGCCGGGGCCUAGACUGGUGAGGUCUCAAGAUUGUACAACCUUUGUCCCUAGGUUUAUCUUUUUUUCUCCGAAGGGCACAUUCUUCCCCCAGGAAUUUCCAUCCCCUCCAGUUUGCUUUCCUUUGGCCUUCUAGACUCCAGGAAGUCUGCCUUCCCUUCCUGUCCUCCCUGGCACCGUGGUAUCUGCCGUUGGCCAUGAUUUCAGAAAGCUGACUAAGAGCACAUGUAUUAGCAUGGUGGCAUUCCAUUCUGGCAGCCUGGCAUGGUAGUACCACCAAUGAAGAGUGUACUUUAUAUUUUCUUUACUCUAGGCCAUACUUAUGCAGACAUGUAUAUAUAUUUAUAGAAGAUCUACCUAUCCUAGGAUGGAAUGUUUGGGGGAAAAUAAAAUUGAGGGUUAUAAAAAAGUAUUACUUCCAAUUGUAAGGUGAGAAUGUAACCAGAGACCUGGCAGGAGCUUCCUGUCAGUAACAAUGUUUUCAAUAAAUACUCUUUGCUGUACCAACCA